GGGGGGUGGACGCAACACUGUGCCGACAGAGGAGCCACACUGGUCGGGAUAAGACUAGAUGAGGGGCAUACGACUUCUUGUUUGUUGGAAGGAAACAUCUGAAUUGGUAAAGCUCGGUCUCUAGGUCCCUGACCCUUUGCCAGUGACCCCAGGACGGAAGCAUGGAUGCACCGACCAGCCUGGAGGACGAGGUGCUGGAGGUGGUGGAAGGAUCAGCCACCAUGGCAACCCUUUACAACAUCAGUCGUCACGUGUACGGGGACGUCAACAUCACCAACGCCACCUACUUCUCGUACUACCCGCACUCUCUGCACAUCGCCGUGGGCUACAUCCUGGCCUACCUCUUCAUCUUCCUGCUGUGCAUGGUGGGAAAUAUCCUGGUGUGCCUCAUCGUGCUGGGGAACCGUCGCAUGCGCACCAUCACCAACCUCUUCAUCCUCAACCUGGCCGUCAGCGACCUGCUGGUGGGAAUCUUCUGCAUUCCCACCACGCUGGUGGACAACCUCAUCACAGGUUGGCCCUUCACCAACAUCGUGUGCAAGUUGAGUGGUUUCGUACAGGGCGUGUCUGUCUCAGCCUCCGUCUUCACACUGGUGGCCAUUGCCGUUGAGAGGUUUCGCUGCAUAGUCUACCCCCUGCAGCCAAAGUUGACACUAUUCAUCGCUAAGGCGACCAUAUGGUUGAUCUGGGUGCUGGCGGUGGCUAUCACGUGCCCCGCGGUGCUCGCUCUGACCGUCGAUAAGGUGGGCUACUAUUUCCUGGUGUACAACGACAACCUCAACCUCACCUACCCGCUGUACAUGUGCUACGAAAACUUUGCCAACCCGCUGAUGAAGAAGGCGUACACCGCCGUGCUGUUCACCCACAUCUACAUGGUGCCUCUCGCCUUCAUCACCGUCAUGUACGGAUGCAUCGGCGUCAAGCUCUACUCCACCGUGGUCUCCGGCCGCGACCAGCAAGAGGCCAGCAACCACACAGCGCCGUGCCUGGCGCGAAGAGCUGGCCGUCCGGUCAUAUCCCAGAAGAAGAUCAAGGUGAUCAAGAUGCUGAUCGUGGUGGCCCUGCUCUUCAUGCUCUCCUGGCUGCCCCUGUGGACCCUGAUGAUGAUGACCGACUACGCGGGCCUGGACAGCGAGCAGCUCGACAUGCUGUCCAGCUACUUCUUCCCGUUCGCACACUGGCUGGCCUUCUCCAACUCCAGCGUCAACCCCAUCAUCUACGGCUACUACAACGAGAACUUCAAGAGGGGGUUCCAGGGAGUGUGCAAGACCCGACCGUUCUGCUGCCUGUUCCGCUGCUGGCGUUGGGACAAGAGGACCGGCCGAAACAGGAGGGGGAAGCCCGCCCACGGAGGCGGCGGCAACACAACGCGCCUCAAGGAUCCCAGCCCCAUCCCCAACCACAUGGUCUUUGGAGUGACGAACCGCGUUCACAACGAUCAGAACAGCGACCCCGUCUCGCUGGCAUUGGCGCCGAAGAGGCCGUCCCGGAUGGCGUGCGGCGUGGUGGUCCACUCGGAGCCGAGCAGCGCCAAGCCGCCCUCAGAGACGUCCACUGUGGUUAAGACGGGGCUGACGGGGAAGGAGCAAGACAAGGUCAGAUCCCUGGGGAAUGCGGUGGUCCAGGCGUGGGAUAAUAAGUAGUUUAGCUGAGUUUCCUCAAUGGUUAAGAUGA